ACGAUAAUGGUAGAAGAAGUUUGUGUUAGAAUUACGUCACUUCCUCAUUGUACAUUGUCGAGGAACAUUUUCGAUUUAUAGGGUUAACAGUUUGGUAUACUUAUUUAGAGACCAUAGGAUUUCAUUCGUCAUCAUAUCAACAAUGGUGUGCAUUCCCUGCAUCGUCAUACCAGUGCUUCUCUGGGUCUACAAGAGGUUUUUGGAGCCAAUAAUCUACCCGUUCAUAUCACCACUCAUCGCCCGUUUCUGGACAAAGAAAGCCGUUCAAGAAAGUGGUAACGGAGAUGUGAAGACGAGUGAAAAGACCAAUGGGGAAAUCAAGGGUGAACUGAACGGGCAAGCAAAUUUUCAGUCUGCAAAUGGAGUUACGCCAGCUUCCGAUAAGAAAACAGAUUAACAUUUUGCAGUGGCAUAUUACGUUAUAUAUUAGAUAAUGUGAAGAUAUUUUAAAAUGUAAAAAUGUAAUUAUAAGUACAUGUUUGUCGAGUCUUAUUAUUGUAAACAUGAUUGUAGACAAUAUAUAAAUGCUUGAUGCAUAAAAUUAUGUUUAUAAUCAACAGUGAAAAGAAAAUAUUUAAUUGUAACACUGAAAUAUUAAGUUGUAUUUAAUAUAGGAGGAAUAUUACAACAAAAGGCAAUUAUGCACAUUAGUGUGGUUUUGCAGAUAGUAAGCGUCAUUUAAGGCCUGCAGGGAAGAAACAUGUUAGUUCUGAACCUUUCUUUAUUUUCCUUAAGUACGGCAGUGGUCAUUUAUUUGGUUUAGAACACAGCCAUGUAAUCAGCAUCACAGCAUCAUAUUUAUGAUUCAAAGUUUAUGUUCACAUUCCGUUUUAACAAUUGUAUGAUUUUUUUUUUUAUUGAUCGAAACAAUACAAUUACAUAUAGUCCAUGACAUUGCCUUGUAUUUUCCUUGCAACUAGAUGAACUGGACAUUUCUAUAUGAAUAAAAACAGUGGUUGAUAACUAAA